UUAAAAGCUGUUCCAAGGCAGAGGCUCAUUGAGAACGACCUGCAAGUUUACAAGAAAUAGAAACAAAAUGUUCGCCAAAAUUUUUAUUUGCAUCAUACUUUCAGUAGUAUUAAUCGAGUCGGUCUCAUCAUCAGCUGCGCCCAGGAGUCAACCAACAAGCGAUUCACUUCUUGUAAGACAGCUGCAGCUCAGAGAAGGUGAAGUCGCUCCUCCUGCAGAGAAUUCAAUUAACAACUUCAUAAGGAACCUCUUGAAUAUAAUUCUAAAAGCCAUCUUGAACAUCCUGGUGAGCCUCGGCUGCACCGUCAUCCAGCCCUACCUGAACUUGAUCAGCAUUUUCCGCAGUACCGUCAUCGAAGGGCUGUCGCUGAUAGUGAAAUUCGUUGGUCAAGUGAUCAAUCAGUUCGCUCCAUCAAGUGUAGAUGUGGUCAAUCAACUCAAUCAAGGUUUGAUUACGGCCAGCGACUUUUUGAAAAAUGUGCUUGCGCAAAUUUCCGGCAUGGGCUGUACAGCGGCUGUUUGAGAAAUAAAACAUUCAUGAAU